GCUCCUCCCCGGGGUGGGUUUGGUCAGUUUCGGUUCUGCCUCUGCCCGCUGCGAUAAGGCAGCUAAGCCCCGGGCCGGGCUCCUGUUACCCGCCGGGGCACUGCCGCGGGGUUGUUUUCCCCACCUAGGAGCUGGGCUCGAGCCUUCCGCCCUUUGCCUGUAAGGGAGGCCGCGUGUUUGGAAACAUGCUUCCAGACAGCCCGAGGCAUGCGCCGCUGCCGGGGUUAACCCACGCGGGAGACAGCCCUGGGGCGAGUUCGAGCCACGCCGAGAUGCAGCUGACACCCCUGCCCUUCUGCAGGAAGCUCUGUUACGCCAUAGGUGGUGCGCCGUACCAGAUGACAGGAAACGCCCUCGGGUUCUUCCUCCAGAUUUUCCUACUGGACGUUGUGCAAUUGGAACCGUUCCAUUCCUCUCUGAUCCUUUUCCUUGGGCGAGCCUGGGAUGCCGUUACAGACCCCGCUGUCGGCUUCCUGGUCAGCAAGAGCCCCAGGAGGAAGUUUGGCAAGCUGAUCCCAUGGAUUGUCUCCUCCACGCCGUUCGGGGUGGUCUUCUACUGCCUGGUCUGGUCCACCCCCUCGGACGCCAUGCCUGUCUCCCUCAAGUUCCUUUGGUACCUGACCACGUACUGCUUCUUCCAGACAAGCAUGACUUGCUAUCAUGUGCCGUAUUCCUCCCUGACCAUGUUUCUGGGAGGGAAUCAGCGAGACCGGGAUUCGGCCACUGCCUACAGAAUGGGGGUGGAGGUGUUCAGCACGCUGGUCGGCUCGGGUAUCCAGGGGCAGAUAGUCGGCAGGUACCACGCCAGCAUGAUGAAAAGCUGCAGCGUGCCCAAUGGGACUCGGUACAACAGCACCUCCCUGGGGCUCACCGACACCUUGGAGAACACACGCAGGGCGUACGUGAUCGCCUCCGUGGUCCUGGGCUCGAUCUACUGCAUGGCCUGCCUGAUUCUCUUCCUCGGAGUGAAGGAGCAGCCUGGGCCCCUCAGUCCCUUGGGAAAGACCCAGCUGCCCUUCUUUCACAGCCUGCGACUAAUCCUGGGACACCAGCCCUACGCCUGGCUGCUCUGUGGCUUCCUCUUCAUGUCCCUGGCCUUCCAGAUCGCCCAGGGAAUCUUUGCCUUUUUCUGCACACAUGCUGCUGGGCUGGCUGGGAAGUUCCAGCACUUGGUGCUCAUCAUGCUGGUCGUGGCUUCCCUCUCCAUUCCCUUCUGGCAGUGGUUUCUCGUGCAUUUUGGGAAAAAAACAGCUCUGUUCGUGGGCCUAUCAUUAAUUAUCCCUGCCCUCAUCGUUAUCACCCUAGUGAGUCACAACUUCCUGGUCUUCGUCUUCAUGGUGGUAUUAGCGGGAUGCAGCCUGGCUGUCCUCUAUUUGUUACCCUGGUCCAUGCUACCAGACGCGGUGGAUGAUUUCAGGCUGAAGAACCCGAACUACCUAAACCUGGAAGCUUUUUUCUACUCGUUCUAUGUUUUCUUCAACAAGUUUGCAGGAGGACUCUCCUUGGGGAUAUCAACAAUGAGCCUACAUUUUGCAGGUUACAGAGCCAGUGACUGCACACCCAACCCCUCUGUCAUCCUCACGCUGCGGAUACUCAUGGCCCCUGUCCCAAUAACCCUGCUGCUCAUUGCCAUGGCCAUAUUCUGCUUCUACCCCAUCGACGAGGAGAGGAGGAAACAGAUGAGGGUGGAGAUGGAGGCAACUGGUCAUUGGGUAAAGGAUGGAAACCCAGGGUAAACGAACGUCUGUCGGGAAAUUCACUUGGAAAGAAUCCAGUAUUGCUACAUGGCCCUGAGGAUGCAUCAGUGUAAUUUAAAGGCUUAGCUGCCUGUUGUUGCUGAUUGUCCCCAUCACAAAGGACACAGCUCUACUUACUGCCUUUCCCUGUGCCAGCCCAGCCCUGCGGUGCUUGUGCAGUGAGGCCUGCAGAGCCGCGUGACCCCACAGCACUGCGUUCUGCAUGGCUUAGCUUUCGCUUUCCUGCCUGCUCUGGCACACUCAAAACAGGACCACAGGGUGGGGGAGAUGUGGGGAGAAAAGAGAGAGUUUCUCUCUGGAAGAUCAGGAUCAUUAGUACUGAGAGCUAAGUCUGGGGGGAAAUACAAUUUUUUUAGGAAGGGUAUUGUAUGCAUACUAUAUUUCUAGGUCAUCAAACUGGCAAGAUGAAGUCUCCUACACUGUACUAACCCACCCAUCGCAUUAGGAACAGAGGAAUUGUCCCACCAGAACAGCAGAUGGUCCAGCUCAUCCAGGAUCCUACCGCUGAUAGUGGAAUGGUCAAUGCUGGCUGCUUCAGAGGAAGGUGUCAAACACCUCCUUAAUGAUCCUGACUGAGUAAUACUGUACCUGUGUGGAGAUGAGGGAGGAAGGGUCCUUUUGACCCUAUGUGGUGAUCAGUUCCUGCCUUGCAGCACGAAGAUUUACUUCUGUCCAAUUCCUAGGUAAAGGUAGGCAGGACUAGUGGCAAGAACUUGGGAUCCCAAAACUGAAGCCAGGGAUCAGACCAGUAUCAGAGUCAAUAGUCAAGCCGAGGGUCUAGCCAGAGUCAGAAAUCAUGUCCAGGGUCAAUACCAGGUAUCGGGGUCGGUGUUGGGUUUCCAGGGGUUGAUUAGGAGUCAGAGCAAGGUCAGUGCCAGGAGUUCAGAAGUACAGUAGCUAGCUAGGAAUCUACAUUGUUGCCUGGAUACUUCCUAGUACGCCCCAUGGGCGUCUCUAUGGUCAAAGAACCAAUCAGGGAUCGCUAGACCACUGUCAGUCAGAUCACCUGAGGUGGAAUUUCCUUGGUAGGUUGUAGGUCACAGGGAGUGGCCCAGGUGACAGGGUAGGGAUGUUGGUUGCCUUAUAGCCCUGCGCAGACCUGGGAUUACAACCUCCCCCAUGCAGAACAGCUGACUCACUGUUCUCCAUCCAGAACGCCACGCCAAAGAGAACUGCUGAAUUCAGCCACUUGGAACUGUGGGUUAGAUACAGCGUAGGUAGUCACUGUGACACGCUGUAACAUGGGUACCGGGUCUGGGUACAGGGCCGGCUUUAGGCCAAUUCCACCAAUUCCCCCGAAUCGGGCCCCGCACCUAAGAGGGCCCCGCGCCCAGUGGCAGGGCCGCCGGGGUGGGGGCAAGUGGCCGAGAAUCCCUUCCGGGUCUUCGGCGGCACUUCAGCGGUGGGUCCUUCACUCGCUCUGGGUCUUCGGCAGCAGGUUCUUCAGUGCCCCAAAGACCCGGAGCGAGUGAAGGACAAACCGCCGAAGACUACGAGUGCCGCCCGGUGAGUACAAGCCCCACAUGUCUUUUUUAUGUGUUUGGUUUUUUUUGUUUUUGUUUUUUCAGUCAUCCCUGCCGGGGCCCCGUCAAAACUGUUCGAAUCGGGCCCCGCACUUCCUAAAGCCGGCUCUGUCUGGGUAUUACUGCCGGUUAUUGACAAGGCUGAAGGAAGCAUGAUAGAUGUAGGUUGUGAGGCUUGGGAGGGGUAAGGAAAAGUGGUUCACUGCCUGUUGUCAAUAGCUAAGCACCUGCCUUCAUCAACUACCAUAGAGAGAGCUACAAUAUUUUGAUCACCUGCUGGCAUGAUGCUGUUCCUGGAGAGUGGCCAGUAGGAUGAUCCUAGUUCACCUUGUUUCCCAGAGGGCUGGUCCCCUGUGUUUGUAAAGACAGAAUCUAUUAAUCUUCAGAAAGAUCCCAAAGUUCAAGUGUAGAAACUUCAAAGAGAAGCACGUGCUCCAAAGGAGAAGUAUACACACCACACGACCGCUAGUCUCACUAUUUCCAAACCAACCAUGGUUCCCUGCCUCGGGUUCAUCAGCAGGCAGGUCAGCUAGUUAUCACUCAGAUGAAUUUCUCUGUGAAAGGGGUCACAGGAAUGGACUAAGCUACCUGGGAUCUUGCUUUCUUAGGGGUUUAUUACAAGGUCUGCCCUGUGCCUGCCAUCUGCAGGGUGUCAAAUUCACUCAAUGGAAUCAGCUGAACUGCACUUUUAAUAGUUUCUAGAACAGCUCUACAAACUCAGCAUGUUGUACUACCUUCAGCACACCACAAAUGUCCCACCGCACAGAGACCAAGGGUUGGGUCUGGCCCUUCUGUAGUGACUAAACUUUCAGUAAGUAAAAUUUAAUUGCCUUUGGCAUCAUGCAUUAGCUUGUUAUUUUUCAGGCCUGUGCCUUUUCUGCCUUUUCUUUAAACCAGCGGUUCUCAACCCAUGGGCAGCCCAAUCAGCACACAGCUGCGGCCCAUGUGACAUCCUCAGGCCCAUACAGGUAGAAUAUAUCUAUAUAUAUAUCUAUAUUGUGUGGACGCAGCCCUCAUAACACAAAGAGAGCUGCAUAUGAGCCCACAAUGGUAAAUAGGUUGAGAACCACUGCUUUAAACAUUUGAGCUUGCAGCUACCCAAUCUGCACACACAGUGGCAGUAUUUGUGCAAAUUAGCCCCCAGUUUUGCACCCACUUUAUUUGACAGGUUUCAGAGUAGCAGCCGUGUUAGUCUGUAUCCGCAAAAAGAAGAACAGGAGCACUUGUGGCACCUUAGAGACUAACAAAUUUAUUAGAGCAUAAG